GGUCAAGGUACGGGAGUGCACUAGUAGAGCACCGGUAUGAUACAGUACAAGAAAAGCAUGGUAACUGCGGUAUGGUGCGAAAGAUCACACGAGACACAAAGAUUGGACGAACCUUACCCCUGGAACUCGCCUAGGUUAGGUUCUUUACCUCAACCUAUCAUACCGGUAGUCCAAAGAGCCCCAGGGACCUCGCAGCCUGGUCCUCGCUCGAGUGAUGUGGAGUGAAAUUUUUAGAGCACUUUGAUAUUAUUAUUGUAUCCCACGCAAUUACGCACCCUUCUGGUAUACUCGAGUAGGAAUACCUUCAGCGUCACCACCACCCCUUCCUUUCCUUCCGGCUUCCUUCCUAAUAAGAAAUUCGCACCAGGGCACAAAUUUGACACGCAUGAGAAAUGAAUAACCAUAUUCAGCAGAUACUGGUAGAGAGACCUCUCAU